AUUUCUUAACCCGGCUUAUCUAUAGACCCUAGCCCCCCUUUUAUUGCCUCUCUUUGACCUCCAUAGUUCUCAGAAUCAUAGCUUUCAUGGUUUCCAGAAGAGGCAAUGACAAUGAUGGUGCUAGCCCCGGGAAAAUAUUCAUCGGAGGCUUAGCUAAGGAUACGUCUCUAGAGACAUUUACAAAGUACUUCGAAAAGUAUGGGGAGAUUACAGAUUUUGUUAUAAUGAAAGACCGGCAUACGGGUCGGCCUCGUGGUUUCGGGCUCAUUACCUUUGCGGAUCCUUCUGUUGUUGACACUGUUAUGCAAGAGGAUCAUGUUAUUAAUGGCAAACAAGUUGAAAUUAAAAGAACCAUCCCUAAAGGUUCUUCGCAUUCAAAUGACUUCAAGACCAAGAAAAUAUUUGUUGGUGGGAUUCCAACAUCUGUUACUGAAGAUGAGUUCAAGAAUUUCUUUGUGAAGUAUGGAAAUGUGGUGGAACAUGAGAUAAUACGUGACCAUGCAACCAAGCGAUCUCGAGGUUUCGGGUUUAUCGUAUUUGACAGUGAAAAGGUGGUCGAUGAAAUGCUGGCCGAUGGAAACAUGAUAGAUAUGGAGGGUACUCAGGUUGAAGUCAAGAAGACUGAACCAAAGAAAGCCUCAAACCCAGCACCUGGUCCUGCAUACGGUAGUGAAUCUAGUGCACAAUCAUACAAUGAUGGUUUUGGUGGAUUUGGUGAUUAUGGCGGUUUUGGUGGUGAUGGUCCUCCUCACAGAUCUUUUGGAGGUUAUGGCAGUAGAUUUGGAGAUUAUGGUGGUUACGGUGCUGCUGCUGCUGAUUUUGGUGGUAGUUAUGGGGGAUUUGGUGGUGGUGGUGGUUUCUAUGGUUAUCGUGGAGAUCCAUCAUUUGGUUAUUCUAGCCGCUUUGGUUCGUAUGGUGGUGGGCUUAGUGGGAGUGGAAUAGGUGGAUAUGGACGCGGAGGUGGCGGCUAUGGAAGUUACGGUGGCUCAGGCUCAGGUGGUAGUUAUGAUUCAGGCCUAGGUGCUGGUUUUGGUGGUCCGGUGUAUGGUAGUAGAACAGGAUACAGAGGCAGUAGUCGCUAUCAUCCUUACUCAAGGUAGAGCAUGAUUAAGAUCUUCCAUAGGUGUUGGCCCAGGUUUUCAAAAUUUUCAGCAUUGACCGUCACAUGGUUCGGUAGGCACUGUGCACAUUUGGAAGUUGGCACUAUCUAGAAGAUCCAAGGACCUAGUAGACUGAUCCAUUGCUUGGAGAACCUAGUGCUUCUCCUGCUAUCAUUUGCUUUAAGUUUCGUUUCCCCUUUACGUUGUAGUUGAAAACUUCUAUCUUGUUUUAAGCUUUAGUUAGAAUCACUUUCGAGGUUUGGAUGUAACAUUUAGGCAAUUAGUAAUCAUACGCUAGAUUGUCGGCCGCAUAGAGAGCUUGUUGCAUUUUUAAGUUU